AUGAACAUCAACAAAUCCCCCACCGUCGUUUAUAGAGUCGACCCGCUUAAACAUGCUUUCAGAAACGUCUUCGAAGUACUCCCUGAAGGCGUUCGAGAUCAUGUUGUCGCCGCUAUUGGAGAAUUCCUCGGCACGUUUUGCUACUUCUUCUUCACAUUCGCCGGAGGAGAGAGUGCUGCUGCUUCAAUAAGUAGAGUCAAUGACCUGGUUUCAACGGAGCCAUCAGGACCGAAUCCAGCACUUCUGCUCUAUAUUGCCACAUCUGGAGCCUUUGCUCUAGCAGUCAACGCUUGGAUCUUCUUUCCUGUCAGCGGUGGAUUGUUCAACCCUCUGGUAGGUGACAUAUCGAGAGCCUGUCCUUUGCUUGAUAAAGGUACUGAUUACCAGUAGAUUUCUUUUGGUAUGGCUCUCAUCGGAGCCAUCACUUGGGCUCGUUGCGCACUCCUCAUAGCUAUUCAGACGGCUGCUUCUAUAGCUGGCGCAUACGUUGUAUACGCACUAUUCAAUGGCGGGCUGCAUGUGGAGACAACUCUUAGAAAUGAUACGUCCCCCGCCCAAGGAGUCGUUAUUGAGAUGCUCUUAACAGCCCAAGUGAUCCUCGCUGUUUUCAUGCUGGCUUCUGAGAAGCACAAGGCAAGUUUCAUAGCUCCAAUUGGGAUUGGCUCUGCGUAUUUCAUAUCCCAGCUCGUUGGUAAGGCCUCGGUCUAUCUUCGCACUUCGCAAACCACUUCGAUGCUAACAGGUUCGAAGGGAUCGAAUGGACUGGCGCAUCUCUAAAUCCAAUUCGCUCGUUAGCUCCUUACAUUGUGAAUCGAUCCUUCACUCACUACCACUGGAUAUAUUGGGCUGGCCCCUUUACAGGAACGAUUCUUGCCGUGGUUAUCUACAAGCUGGUGAAAGCUUUGGAAUACGAAACUGCACAAGAAGAGGGGAAGAGAGACGAAACUGCACAAGGAGAAGAGAAGGGAGACAAGUAUCCGGCUCUUCCCACGCCCAACAGAAGACCAUCUUCUGCUUUGCCAAGUAUCCAUUCGGUUGAUGUCCCAUCUGCCGAGCCAAAGAAAGCUGGAGAGGACAUGCCAGUUUGUUAUGCGGUAUGA